CGGCGUCGCGACGCUCUCGCUGUCAUUCCCGCGCGCAGCACCCAAGUCGCGGUACCCGGCGUCGGACGUCGUCGUCGUCGUCAUCGGUGACUCACGGAGGACACUCCACUCGUAGCGUACUCUCGCAAUCACGAAACGUGAUAACAAACGGGAGAAUCGUGCGAACGAGAGUUUCAUCUCCGCGAGAAACGCGACAGGAAGCUCCCCAUCUUUCAGCGGCUUUGAAGAGAUACCCGCGUACUCUUGUCUCCCCAACAGGACCUGCAGAAAAUUGCGCCGAUAGUUUCGCAGCAACAGAUAGAUCCGAAGUAGCAUCAUGAAGUCUAAGACGAGUCUGAUCGCUAUGAAAAUCAUUAUGUUCUACCUGUUGAGCGUCGUUGGGCCAUCAACAGCGGCAGUAGAGGAGGCACCGGUCUCGUCUUUGCAUAUUCCACGAUUGAAUCCGUUAUCGGGCAGCUUGGAGUACGACAAACCCUCUGAAAAAAGGGCGUAUGCUUACAUCUCCGAGUACAAGAGGCUACCUCUUUACAACUUCGGUAUCGGAAAGCGAUGGAUCGACAAUAGCGAGGAUAAACGGACGCGACCGUUCUCGUUCGGUAUCGGAAAACGUCUCAGGGACUACAGGUUCGGCAUAGGGAAGCGUAAUAAUGGAUAUCGUCCCCUGAGUAUGGACUAUUUCUCGGUUGACAACAUGGAAGGCUAUCAUUCUCGCGAGGAUAACCUGGACGACUUUAUAGACGACAAACGCGGCGGCCAGCCCUUCAGCUUCGGCAUCGGGAAACGAGGCUGGAAGCUGGCAACGGGUGAAAUGGCCGUAUCCGGAAGGAGACCAAACGACGUCGUCGGCUCGAAAUAUCUACUCGGUUUAGGCAAAGAAUUAAACGAGGACGAAAAUCUAGUCCAAUAAAGCGUUCUUAUCGGGAAGCACGGAUUGUUCUCUUCCGCGGUCGUUGUAAUCCCUGGACGAUCGCAGAACAUAAUAUAUGCGCGCGAUUCAUUUCUUUCCGAAAAUAUUGGCAAAACGCGAAUAUUGGCGGAAAGCGGUUAAAAAAAUAAUAUAACUCAUUGAUUUUGUUACAUAUUGCCAUCGGGUUUUAAUAUAUAGUAAUAUAAAUUUGUUAUAACCGUAUCAAUAUUCUAUAUUGUACAAUAUAUCAAUAUUCUAUUAUAUAUUGUACAAAUAGUUAAGUAACACAUUUACUGAUAAAUUAAAUAAUAAAUCUUUUUAUUUUUCCGAUAAAUGAUAAAUUUAAAUUUAUUCAGAAAUUAAAUUUAUUCAGAAAUAAUAAUGCAGCUAUUUUAAUAAAUAUUUCUCUGAACGCUAAGAACAAAACCGAUCGUCCGUGGAAGUUAAAAGCGAUAAUGAGAUCUCGAAAUCUCUUUUUUUCCAAAAUUUGCUGUAAAAUUCGUGCGUCUACAAUUUAACAUCCACUUGUAAAUGUUAAAAAAAUGGCAGUACUUUAACGGAGAUAUCGUAGAAAAAUUCUUUUGGAUCUUU